AUGAAUCAGGAAAAAACUCCUUUUGCUGGCACUAAUACAAAUAGCGAUUUGGGUACUUUUUAUCGUGAAUGCCAGAGUGCACCGCAACUUCAAACAUUCUUGGAAGAAGAAAGAACAUUAGCUGAACAAGUCGGUGAUCUUACUAAGCAACUAGAGACAUUUGAAAUUAAUCAGCAAAAGUAUAAGGAUAUCCUUACAACAUUGUGUCAAACUGAUAAUAAUAAUCAGUAA